GUUGAGAAGAUGAAGGCACCUGCCCGCUACCAAGCUGCUUACUGCCACGCGAGUGCCAUCGCCAGUUUCAUUGAUCAAUGGUUGUUCGGGAAGGUGGAGAUGGAGGAGAUGCUCGAAUCUCUGGUCCUCAUUGCCGAUGGUCAGACUCUGUGGAUGCUACGGUGUGCCUCGGGGUCUAGCGUUUUCAUUUCCGGUUACAAUGAACCCGUCUGGGUGUUUUGCUGCGAUCGAGGACAUUCCGAUGGAUGCUAA